UAGCUAGUUUUCUCACUAAACCUAAGUCAUCCAGCAGCAUUCACAUAGAAACAUUGUUCAGCUAUGACCAACCUUUCCUUUAUGGUGGCUUUUCUUCUCUCCCUCUUGUUGUCCUUCUCUUGUCAAAGCAUAAUAAUCGAGGCGAGAGAAGGCAAAGGAUGUAUAGGAAAAUGUCCUCCUAAUCCUUCUCCUUCGAUGAUGGAUUCAGAAGAAACAGUCAACAAAGUAUGUAUGGACCGUAAUGGACAUAACACCGAAUGUCAUUGCAAGUGUCCUAAGCAUAAAACUCAUACUCCUUCUCCUUCUCCGUCGAUGAUGGAUUUAGAAAGAGCCAACAAACAAUCCACGGACCAUAAUGGACAUAGGGGUAAAUGCCCUCCUAGUCCUUCCCCUUCAGUGAUAGAUUUUGAAGAAGGAGUACUUAUCAAAGAAUGUAUGGACAAUAAAGGACGUAUAAACAAAUGUCAUUGCAAGUGUCCUAAAUCUAAAGCUCGUACUCCAUCUCCUUCCAUGAUUGAUUAUGAUACUUUAAACAAAAUGUAACCCAGAAAUAUAUUUUCUUCAUAUAAUAAUUAAUAAUAUUAAUAAAAGGGUCAACAUUUUUCUCUAUU